AUGUUCCAUCAUAUCAGUCCUGAGCCACUGUGGGCUGCAGAUGAGAAAAUUCCAGAACUAGGCUUCUCGUGGGAACUGAACGUGGUUGGUCAUUUACCGAUGCCUACCGGUAAGGGUGGGUUAGACGGCCAAUUCCACGAACUACACGCGAUCCGCAUGCUGGAAGUUCCAUCAAGCGAUGAUGAACGUCUUAAGGUUCUCCGCUAUCUCAAGGGUAACUCACGUGCAGAAUUCACGACACGAGAUGCUUCCGGACACCAUCGCAAAUGGCCUGUUCUAAACGGCGGAAAGUUUCGUGGUGCGAAAUGGACACUGAGCAGCGACGCGCAAUACUUCAUCGCCUCCUUUCACGACGUUCCCAUGCAUUGGGUAAUCUCUUGGUUCCAGCAAGAUGUCUGGGAAACGCUUAAGGCGCGAUGGGUGCAAGCAAACAGAUUUGAACCUCCUGCUCUCGGCCAAGCCUUCAUGAUCAUCUACGAGAGAAAUCCGUACGGAGUGCAGGUUCAUCGACCUCUUUACCCUAAUAAUCGUGUAGACGCCAAAAUUCUCGAGGAACAUCGCGAAUUAGCCCAGAAAUAG